AUGGCUAAUUCGGAGUUUGCUUUUAAAUUUUAUGAUGCUAGUGUAAAGAUUCAUCCUUCAGGUCUUUCCGAUCAUUCUCCGGUGGUCUUAUCGUUUAAAGGUGGUGCUCGGGAAAAGAGGUAUGGUUUUAAAUUUGACAAUUUCUUGACUAUUCACCCGGAUUUUCUUCAAAUUGUUAAGGAUGAAUGGGCUAAUCAUAUUGAGGGUACUUUCAUGUUUCGCGUGACUAGCCAUUUGAAGGCCCUCAAGACUCCCCUUCGGAAGCUUAGGAAGUCUUAUGGUAAUCUUGGACAACGUGUUUCUUUUCUUAAGACUGAAUUAGAUCGUAUUCAAUUGGAUGUUGAUUCAGACCCCUCAAAUGAUGAAUUAGGUCUUGAACUUGGUCAUAUUCGUAUAGCGUAUCAAAAUGCGUGUUGGGUUGAGGAAUGUGCGGCUAAACAAAGAGCGAAAAUUAAUUGGUUGAAUGAAGGGGAUAUGAAUACCAAAUUCUUUCAUAAAGUGAUCAAAGAUCGGAACUACUGUAAUUCCAUUCAAUCGGUUUGCUCUAGUGGUGGUGAGUACUUUUAUGGUGAAGAUGUCCCGAAAAACUCUCUCUUUAUCGGAUGCAAACUAUAUGAUCCGGCCGAUUUUGAUGAAAUUAAAAAUGCUAUGUUUAGCAUUGGUGAUUAUAAAGCUCCAGGAUCGGAUGGUUUUUCUUCAAAGUUUUUUAAACAAGCAUGGGAGAUUGUUGGUCGUGAUGUGACUCUUGCAGUCCAUAACUUCUUUUAUCGAGGUAACCUUCCUAAGAACUUGAACCAUACUCUUAUUUGCCUUAUCCCGAAAUCUUUGAAUGCUUCUAGGGUCACGGAUUAUAGGCCUAUAGCAUGUUGUAAUGUGCUUUACAAAUGCAUUAGUAAAGUCAUUGUUAAUAGAAUGAAGGGAUCUUUAGAUUCCCUAAUUGAUAAAGCCCAAUUGGCUUUUAUCCCUGGUAGGAGGAUUACGGAUAAUAUUCUUAUGGCUCAUGAGCUUGUUUCUGGGUACCAAUCGUCUAAUGGCCCACCUAGAUGUGCGUUUAAAAUUGAUAUUAAAAAGGCUUAUGAUACGGUGGAUUGGCGUUUUCUAGUUGUUAUGCUUGAAGGCUUAGGAUUCCAUCCGGUUCUGGGGUUUUCUAUGCUCCUUAAACAAUGUAUUCGUGAAGCUGCUGAGUUUGGUUACCAUCGGGGUUGUGAGGAGCUAGAAUUGACUCAUCUUUGUUUUGCGGAUGAUUUGUUUGUAUUUACUAAAGGGGAUGUUCUUUCGGUGGAAGUUCUCAAGAAGGCAAUUUAUCUGUUUCAAUGUCGUUCGGGAUUAGCACCAAGUCUUGAAAAAAGUGAAAUUUAUUUUGGAAAUGUGCCUUCCAACAUUAAGGAGGCCAUUCUAGAGUGUCUUCCUUUUAAACUUGGUUCUUUUCCUGUUCGCUACUUGGGGGUUCCUUUAUCUCAGGCUCGAUUGAAACUGUGUGAUUAUGCUCCAUUAAUUGCUAAGGUAAAGGGUCGUAUCAUUAAUUGGAAGUCUAAGUUUCUGUCGUUUGGUGGGCGUCGGCAACUUAUAAUAUCGGUCCUGCAAUCCCUACAACUUCAUUGGAUGUCAGUUUUCUUAUUACCUUCAGGGAUAAUCCAUGAUAUCGAGUCUAUUUUUCGGAAAUUCCUUUGGGCUCCAAGGGAUGAUCUGAGAGGUAGAUGUAGAUUAUCAUGGGAUGUGGUUUGUCGUCUUUUGGAUGCUGGUGGCCUCGGGAUUAAGCGGCUAUCUAUUUGGAAUAGGGCUUUAUUGGUGAAACAUGUGUGGGAUGUAGUGAGGCGUCGGGAUUCAUUGUGGGUUUCUUGGAUUUAUGGUCAGUAUCUUCGUUCUUCUCAUUUCUGGAUGAUUGGGGAUGGUAGGGCUACAAAUGCUUGGGAAGAUAAUUGGCUAUCCUAUGGUCAUCUUUCGGCGUUUAUUUCUUAUCGGUUUGUUCAUUCUUGUGGUUUUUCUACUUCUACGACUGUUCGUGAUCUUCUUCAGCAUUGGGAUGUUCUAUGGGGUGAAGAUCGUAAUUCUGCUGCGGAUUUCUUGGUGAGUAAUGCUUGUACUUUGUUAGAGGGUGUUCAUCCUGUUGUUCCGUGGCAUAAAGCAGUGUGGUUCCCUGGACAUAUCCCUAAGCAUGCAUUCUGUUUAUGGCUGUGUCCUUAUGCUAGAGAGGUUUGGGAUAGUAUCUUGCAUGUUAUGGCUCUGACGGAUAUGCCUUCCACGUGGGAUCUUUUUAUGAAAACAAUUUCGGAUUCAAAUCAUCGUCCGAAUCGUUUAAAUCAAAAACUUGCGGUAGCAGCUUCGGUUUACUACAUUUGGCAGGACCGAAAUAGACGGCUCUUUACUGGGGAAAGCCGCACGUAUUUGCAACUUGUUAAAGUCAUUGUUGAUGCUAUCUCUAUGCGUGUGGAUUGGUUAUCAAGGAGGCCUGUGUGA